CGGGGUCGUUGUCGGAGGAGGAGGAGGAGGAGGAGAAGGGGGGAGGGGGGGAGGGUGUUUUCCGGCGCCUGGGCUCGAGCGCCCUGGAUACAUUGUAACGUUCGGGGGUUCCGCUCUGUCUGGGUUUCUCCUGGGUCAAAGCAGCCGCCUCCCUCUCUGAACAACGUGUGGGAGAGAGAAGAUCCAACUCCAUGUCCAUCAAACCCCCUUGAACCACCACCACCAACCUCCCCCCCUCCUCCUCCUCCUCCUCCUCCUCCAAACAACCAGAAAAAAAAUCCUAAUUGUGCAACCUUUCCCUCCCUCUCAGGACUGCACACUGGAGAAUUCACCUUGGUAAGGGGGGGGAAACAGAAGCAUGGGGGACAAGUCUGGCACAAGGCAGUGGUGAGGACGUGGGACCCGAUCCCACAGGGAGCAGCCGAGUCGAAUAGCGUUUCUCCAUUUGAGGAUGAAGCCGGAUAAACACCCGAGGGACAAAGGAGUAGAAGGAUAUGCUGAUGGGGGUGUUUAAAAAGUCGAGUCCAAAUUGCAAGUUAACAGUUUACCUCGGGAAGCGGGAUUUUGUCGAUCACCUUGACCACGUGGACCCUGUUGAUGGAGUUGUACUGGUGGAUCCAGAGUACCUGAAAGACAGACGAGUGUUCGUCACCUUGACCUGUGCCUUCCGCUAUGGGCGCGAGGACCUCGAUGUCCUGGGGCUGUCCUUCAGGAAGGACCUCUUCAUCGCGACAUUCCAGGCGUUCCCACCAUUGCCGGAGGAGAAGAAGCCCCUGACGAGACUGCAGGAGCGUCUCAUCAAGAAACUCGGAGAGAACGCCUUCCCUUUCUUCUUCACACUCCCACAGAACCUGCCGUGUUCAGUUACCCUGCAGCCAGGCCCUGAGGACACCGGGAAGGCCUGUGGUGUAGACUUUGAAAUCCGAGCAUUCUGUGCUAAGACCAUGGAAGAGAAGAUCCACAAGAGGAAUUCCGUACGUUUGGUGAUCCGGAAGGUUCAGUAUGCUCCGGAGAAACCGGGACCACAGCCCAUGGCAGAGACCACCAGGAACUUCCUCAUGUCCGACAGAUCCCUACACUUAGAAGCUUCCCUGGACAAAGAGCUCUAUUACCACGCCGAGCCCAUUAGCAUCAAUGUGCAUGUCACCAACAACUCGACAAAAACAGUGAAGAAGAUCAAGAUUUCAGUUCGACAGUACGCAGACAUCUGCCUAUUCAGCACAGCUCAGUAUAAGUGUCCGGUAGCUCAGGUAGAAGCAGAUGACCAGGUCUCGGCCAGCUCGACCUUUUGCAAGGUCUACACUCUGGUGCCCCUCCUGGACCACAACAGGGAGAAGCGGGGUCUGGCACUCGAUGGGAAACUGAAACACGAAGACACCAACCUGGCUUCCAGCACCAUAGUGAAAGAAGGCGCCAACAAGGAGGUGUUGGGAAUCCUGGUGUCCUAUCGGGUGAAGGUGAAGCUGGUGGUGUCACGCGGAGGGGAUGUGGCAGUGGAAUUGCCCUUUGUGUUGAUGCACCCCAAACCCGUCGAGCAGCCGGUUUCCAGGCCGCAGUCAGUUCUCCCAGAGUCCGAAGUUCCGGUUGACACAAACCUGAUCGAGUUCGAAACCAAUUUUUGCCAAGACGACGACAUCGUGUUCGAAGACUUUGCCCGCCUGCGGCUGAAGGGACUGAAGGAUGAGAAGGACGAUGAUGACCAUUUUUGUUAGAGUGGAACCACGGGAGGGAAAAGGGAGGGGGGGGGAAAAAGAGAGAGAGAGAGAGAGAGAGAGAAAGAGCAAGAGAGAAGGGGCAAGCAGGGAAGAGGGAGGAAAAGAAACCAAGAACGAAAAGCCCCAGGCACGCACGUCGGCAGCUUAACGUGAGGGAGACCUGCGAGCGAGUGCACCAUACAAAGGCAGUGGCCUGCCACUCGAAAACUUAACGACAGGAACUCAUCCUUUUCCCGUCUGUGUGGGGAGAUGUCACUUUUAGAAUAUUUCUAGACUAACGCUGAAUUAAGGAUCCGUUUUACAUGCACUCCUUUUCAAGUCCGAAGUUCGGUGUCUUGUGAGAGUAUAUAAUAUUGCCAUUUUGUUUUUUCUCUUUUUUUUUGUCCGAUAACCAAAUAUUGUAAUUUCUUUUUUCUCUCUCUCUUGUCAAAAAGGAACAUGUGUCUGCUGUCUGGUAAUCGUUCAUCGAACUUGCUGCGUUUAUUGUCUUCCUGUGUAAUUGUUAGGAAAAAAAUUAAAUCCCUCCCCUCCCCUACCCUCCUCAAACCAUUGUCCGCACCCAAACGACAGUCGGCUGGAUGUCCCCCCCACCCCCGGUCUGGUCCGUUUGGGUGAAGGAGUACGGGCUUGAGGGCAGGAGCUGUGGGAGGUGGGGAGGGGGAGAGGCGAA